GUGCAACUCAUCCGGAUUCAACUGAGAGUACCAGAAUAUGGUUGGACCACACAGAAGGUUUUCCAUUUGAUGAAUUUUGUUGUUAAUGGAUUGCGUGCUGUUCUCUUUGGACUGUACAGAAAUUUAUUUAUCCUCAACCCAAAAGUUCUUGAAAUAGUUAUUUUGGAUCUUCCUGGACUUCUAUUUUUCUCAACAUACACAUUACUUGUGUUAUUCUGGGCAGAGAUAUAUCACCAGGCAAGAAGCCUUCCUUUUAAUAAGCUUCGGCCAACAUAUUUGAUUAUCAAUGGAGCUGUGUACUUUGUACAGGUAUGCAUCUGGAUAUCUAUAAGAUUAAGUGGAAAUUUUGUCGCAGUGGAAGUUGCCAAAUUCUACUUCUCAGUAAUUUCAUUGGUUGCUGCUCUUGGAUUCUUGGUAUAUGGCGGAAGGUUGUUCUUCCUAUUGAGACGCUUCCCAAUUGAAUCAAGGGGACGCCAGAAAAAGCUAAAUGAGGUUGGGUAUGUCACUGGGAUAUGCUGCACGGGGUUCUUGAUAAGGUGCUUUGUGGUUACUGUAUCUGCAAUCAACAAUGGUGCUGACCUUGAUGUUCUAAACCAUCCUAUUCUGAGUUUUAUUUAUUAUAUGGUAGCAGAGAUUAUUCCAUCAUCCCUGGUUCUCUUCAUUCUUCGGAAGCUGCCCCCUAAGCGUGUCUCUAAUCAUUACCAUCCUAUCAAGUGAAGAGGUAUACAUAUUUGCAGCUGGUUAGACAGGUUGAUGUCUUGGAAUUUUUAUUAGCUUCUUCAGCUGUUCUUUAGUAUGUGGUUACUGGACUUUCUAUUGAAUUCUCCCGGGUUUCUUAUUUUCUUUUGCCCCUGUACUCAUACAAUCAAAUUGUGUAUAUAUUUACUUUCAAUUCCGAUGGAUUUUUUUCCCAAUCUAAAGGAAGCAGAGCGUCGUGGCAUUUUAAUACUA